GUCGUCUUGUCAGUGGAGACUGCAAAAAGAACAUCCACGUGUGGGAGCCACGAGAGGACGGCGCCUCCUGGAAGAUAGACCAGCGGCCCUUCAGCUCCCACAGCAAGUCUGUGGAGGAUCUGCAGUGGUCACCCACUGAAGCUACGGUUUUUGCGUCAUGCUCCGUGGAUCAGUCUAUACGCGUCUGGGACGUCCGCGCCCCGCCCAACUCCAUGCUCUCCGUCGAUGAGGCGCACUCUUCAGACGUCAACGUGAUCAGUUGGAACCGGAGCGAACCGUUCCUGCUGUCCGGGGGCGAUGACGGGCUUCUGAAGGUGUGGGACCUGCGACAGUUCAGGGCCGGACGUCCGGUGGCAAACUUCAAGCAGCACGGAGGUCCCAUCACGUCCGUGGAGUGGAGCCCCUUGGACUCCAGCGUGUUUGCUGCAGCCGGAGCCGACGACGUGGUCAGCCAGUGGGAUCUGUCCGUGGAGUCGUCCGACGUAGGCGCCAGGGUGGAGGGGGUGAAGGACCUGCCCCCUCAGCUGCUGUUCCUGCACCAGGGUCAGUCGGAGAUCAAAGAAAUCCACUGGCACCCGCAGAUACCAGGCGCCAUGAUCUCCACGGCCCUGUCAGGGUUCAACGUGUUCAGGACUAUCUCCGUGUAGCAUCCGGGAGGGAACAUAUGCACAUAUUUAAAAAUAUUUUAGUCAUAAACAUUUAAUAUGAAUAUCUUACUGUAAAUAACCCAAGUAAUAAAUCUACUUUUUGGUAUUUAUUUGCCAACAUGUUGCUCCCUUUGAGCUUUUUGUCUGUAUGUUUUACAGAUGUGCAAACUAUUUUAAGCAUUUUCUGUACAUUACUUGGAAUAAAAUGCUUAAAGUUUUAAUUUGA